GCAUGCGGCUGUUUAUAUAAACAAACAUUUUUAAAUUCAAUUAACAUAUAAAAUGGCUGCUCGGAUGGUGCAGCGUUGUCUGCACACGGCACAGAACUGCCUAAGGGCACGCGUGCCGCGUCGAGCCAAUCCCGGCCUUGGCUAUCAGCUGCAACAGUUGCAGGAGAACGAACGGCCAACAGCGACGCCCGAAGCUAGCGAGGAUUAUGGCGAUAUGGAGUCGGAUUUCAUGGACGUGCAGAAAACCCAUCGACAGCAUGAGGCGCAACAGCAGGCGCAGCGAGACCGUGUGCGUCAGUUUAUGAUCAAACACAAGUACUUUCGGGACGUGAAGCUCCCAAAUCUGUUGCUCCAUGCGGAAAAGGAGCAAAUGCGUCUGCUGCACGAACAACGGCCGGAUGAGUGGAGCAUCGAACGUUUGGCCGAGAGCUUUCCCGCCACCCCAGAGAUUGUCCAGAAGGUAUUACGCGCCAAGUGGCGCCCGAGGAAUGUGCCCAGGAUUCGCGCCCACGAUGAGAGCGUCAUGAGGAACUGGCAGCAGCUGCGCCAAGGGAAAUGUGAUGUGGCCAUACCUUCGGCGUUUCUGCAACACUUGGAGAAGUUCUCGGAGCGACGACAGCAGGAUUUGAAGCAACUGAAGCCGGAGGAGUGGCCCACGAGGCCGGCACUUCCAGUGCCGGCGUCAAAUGAGUUCCGGCAGCUGCUGUGCAGUGGAAAACAGCCAGAAGAUCGCCCAAGUCCUCCGCAGCUACCCUCAGGGUAUGCUCCGCCACCGGCAGCAGCAGAAGAUGAAACCUACUUGCUGGACAAAGUGCGCAAUAAGCGAAAGAUGCGUCUGCAGGAGCUCAAGCAGCUGCAGCUUGUUCCGGCCGUAUCCGAGGUGCCCCAACCGCCGCCCAGCAAUCCCAGCGGCACGGGUCACCUCUCCAGCUACGUGCAAAAGUUCGAAAGCAGCGAGAUUGUGAUCAGUGUGGCAGAUCAGCGACGCUACGAGAUGACCAAAGCCAAGGAUCGCAUUGUAAUACCUCGAAAGCUGCAUCGUCCAGGUGCCACUUACCGCGUGGAGGACGCCUACUACGAUGACGAUGGAGAGCUGCUCUAUCGCGUGCCCGGCAUGAAGGGUGCACCACAUGGUGUGUGACUUUUUAUUACAAAGCACGCGUAGAAGUUGUAUAUAAAAUAAAGAGUUCUUCCGGA